UGACACGAGAGACGAGAGAGCGCCGCAAACCUCUGGAGCGGAUCUGCACCUCUACUACGCAAAUUAAGGAUAUAGUGAGAGGGGGACAUAAGUUUGGCUGCAACAUCCUACUGUCCAGUUAAACAAGGUCACAGGUCUGUGAAAGCAGAAGUGCGAGUGGACGGAGAUGAUGUCCAUGCAAAUGAAUGAGGCGGACAGUGUGGUGAAAGUGGCUGAGUGGCAGCAAACCUACUAUGCUUCAGACUCUGGCAUCCAAUCAGCAGCCACGACAGUGCAGGAUGAUGACAGCAGCACUGGGUGCAGUGGCAGUAAGAAGUACACAAGCACUACAACCAGUACUACUACUGCACCUGCGACGACCAGUAAUGGACCAGGAGCAGCUGGUGAACAAGAAAGCCACACAGAUUUCGACGCUCAGUACUCAUUAACCCGGGCCCAGCGCGUAAGGGCAGCGAUGUUUCCAGAGACGCUGGUGGAGGGAGAGGCAGCCAUACCCAUCCAAGCAGAUCCCACACAGCAGAGCAACGUGCAAAGACUGGCUGAGCCCUCACAGUUACUAAAGACAGCCAUAGUUCACCUGAUAAAUUACCAGGAUGAUGCUGAGCUGGCCACAAGAGCAGUGCCGGAGCUCACCAAGCUCCUUGCAGAUGAUGAUCCGGUAGUGGUAAACAAGGCAGCCAUGAUUGUCAACCAGCUCACUCGUAAGGAGGCCAGUCGCCGGGUGCUGGUGCAGUCGCCAACCAUGGUAGGAGCCGUGGUUCGUGCGAUGACAACGACAGUUGACAUGGAGACGGCUCGUUGCACUGCGAGCAUCCUCCACAGUCUGUCACACCAGAGUGAGGGACUGCAGGCCAUAUUCAAGUCCGGAGGGAUACCAGCGCUUGUCCGCAUGUUGAGUUCACCUGUGGAGUCAGUUUUAUUUUAUGCAAUAACCACCCUUCACAACCUUCUGUUGCACCAAGAAGGAGCCAAGAUGGCAGUGCGUCUUGCUGAUGGCCUUCAGAGGAUGGUCCCUUUACUGAAGAAGAGCAACCCCAAGUUCCUUGCCAUUACCACAGACUGUCUGCAGCUUCUGUCUUACGCCAAUCAAGAGAGCAAGCUAAUCAUACUCGCCAAUGGGGGCCCAGAGGGUCUGGUUUUCAUCAUGAGGAACUACAACUAUGAAAAACUGCUAUGGACCACCAGUCGAGUACUCAAAGUAUUGUCAGUGUGUCCGAGCAACAAGCCCGCCAUAGUAGAAGCAGGAGGUAUGCAAGCCCUGGGUCAGCAUCUCACCGGGUCAAGUCAGCGUCUGAUUCAGAACUGUCUAUGGACACUACGCAACCUGUCAGAUGCAGCAACCAAGCAAGACGGUUUAGAUGGUCUGCUGCAGAUAUUAGUUACCCAGCUGGGUUCAGAUGAUGUCAAUGUGCUGACCUGCGCAACAGGCAUCUUGUCCAACCUCACUUGUAACAACUCACGCAACAAGACUCUGGUCACUCAGUUUGGCGGAGUGGAGGCAUUGAUCCACGCUGUGCUACGUGCUGGGGAAAAAGAAGAUGUUGCGGAGCCAGCAGUUUGCGCCUUGCGUCACCUCACGUCGCGCCACCACGAUGCUGAGCUGGCCCAGAAUGCUGUGCGGCUGCACUAUGGUGUCCCUGCUGUGGUCAAGCUGCUGGGACAGCCACACUACUGGCCUGUUAUAAAGGCUACUGUUGGCCUCAUCCGGAACCUUGCGCUGUGCCCAGUUAAUCAAGCACCGCUUAGGGAUGCGGGGACUAUCCCACGAUUGGUGAACCUACUGUUAAAGGCUCACCAGGACACGCAGAGGCACGCCUCCUCUUCCCAGCAGACAUAUCAGGAUGGUGUCCGUAUGGAGGAGAUAGUAGAGGGCUGCACAGGAGCACUUCACAUUCUGGCUAGAGAUCCAAUAAACAGAGGGGAGAUUGCCAGCAUGCAGACCAUACCACUAUUUGUCCAGCUGCUGUACUCGUAUGUGGAGAAUGUGAAACGAGUAGCUGCAGGAGUUUUGUGUGAGUUGGCUCUGGACAAACAGUCUGCGGAACUCAUCGAUGCAGAGGGUGCGUCAGCACCACUCAUGGAAUUACUGCACUCCAACAAUGAGGGAAUUGCCACCUAUGCUGCAGCAGUGCUCUUUCGAAUUUCAGAGGACAAAAGCUCAGACUACAGGAAAAGAGUGUCUGUGGAGCUCACACACUCGCUUUUCAAACAUGACCCUUCUGCCUGGGAAAUGGCUCACACAGUUCCUUUGGAGUCCACAUACUUGGCUGAUGAGUUAGAUGGUCCAUAUCCUCCCUAUGGCUAUGCUGCCCUGCCUCUGGACACUCUGCCACUAGACCCUGACCUCCAUGAGUCCUACAUACCUGACAUGACCUAUGACCCAAGACAGACCUACCCUGAACCACUCUAACAGGAACAUAAAACGUAAAACAGAGUACAACCAAUACAGAGGAUUAACAAAUCACAGAAAGAAAGGACUGGAGGAAUUCAUAGAGGAAGAACGCUUCUGAAGGUCUUAAUGACAAGGAGAAUCAAGCCUUUUCAACCUUUUUUAAGGUGGAAAAUAUUCCAUUUGGCAAUCAAGAACUUUUCAGGAUACAGUUUAUUGAAAGUGUUUAUUGUCGGUGUAAAUAACACAACUGUUAUUUUGUUAUGAUGUCUUACAGUGGGGUGAAAGUGUACCGUAACACGGGUAACUUUUAAAAGCAAUCACGAGAAAAUGUUUCAUUGACAGUUUGGGGGCAUGCGGGACAAGCGGGAGGUGCAAUUGAAAAACAGUUAUUUGACAAAUCCAACUGACAGUCUGAAUGAAAUGCAAGAAUACUUCCAUCCUUCCGUCAUAUAAACAGCAUUAAGUAAGAGAUUCCAAGUCAGAGGUUGGACUCAUCAAUUAUGUCCAACAAUGAUCUUCUUUUUUUUUUUUUUUUUUUUUUCCCCCCCCCCCCAGUUUCUAUUUCCGAUUACUGAUCUCUGGAUGUCACGUAACACAAAAAAAAAAAAAAGAAAAAAAAAUUACCCUUUUAACUCGUCUAAUUUGCUGCUGAAUGCUACCCAUGUAUGUAUCCCUGCUGUCUUUUUGAUGUCUCCUCCGUGUAUUUGAACUCUUCACAUGUCCAUAUGUGGUUGUUGCAUGGUAUAUAAUGUGUCUACAAAUUGUUCACGUUUGGAUACUGAGAAACUAACAGACAUGCGGUAAGUUGCAAUGUAUUUGGCGGUACGUUGGCCAAUUGCAUUUGUAGUUUAAAAAAGAAAAAGGUACAAAUCUCACCAAGUCAAUGCCUCAUUGUGCUUGAGUGAUCAUCACAACCCCCCCCCCCCCCUCCUCCCUAAAAAACAAACAAACAAAAAAAGACGUUAAUCCCCUUGAGCAUUUCCGACUACAAAGUCUGUACCACACCUUUUUAAUCAACUUGUUCAAAAUUUCAUGGAGAGCUAUAUUGAAUUAACAACCAUAGUGAGAUUGUCCUUGACAAAGAGAGAGAGAGAGAGGUGGAGGAAUUCAAGUGUAUUAAAGAUUGAGGCUUGAACUGGUUGAUCAAUGGACAUUUUGUGCUUCUUUCAUCAAGGCCAACUGUGGUUG